GCUCGUAGCCGUAGUCGUUUUCUAUAUCUCGGUGUGUAUUUUGCGCAGAACCUUUUUAGAGUCUGCCUUUAAAACAUCCAGGCGGGAGGUUGUGUGGAGUUAAAGCGAAUUGGCUGUCAAAGGGGCGGUAACUGUUUAAGUUCGUUCUGCCGACCGUACGCCGUUUUACGCGCUUUUUCUUGCUCCAUUAGAGCACAUUUUUGCUUCUUAACUUGUUCACGGCGGCCGCAGAAUAGUUCGCGGUUUCAGUUUGUGAUUUGGUGCAACGUAUCGUCUGUGAAGCUGUUGUUUUCUAGAAGGGUGCGCUCCUUAUUUGUAUGGAAACGUGGUUGUCCGUGCAGUGGUGCGACGUUUGUCCGUUUCACAUCGACACGGUUUAACCCAAAGCUUGCUUUAAGGAGAAACAUGGCUUCGAGUGGGAAUAGCAUGGCAGGCGUGGGGAUGCAGCUAGCGGAGGACCAAAUCAAAGUUCUGGAAGAACAUUUCACGAAAGUCAGCAAGCAUCCGGACGAAACUACGCUGAUGUUGAUAGCGGCGGAGUGUGGGCUGUCGGAGGAAGAAACUGCGAAAUGGUUUAGGCAGCGUAAUGCUCAGUGGAGGCAAUCAGAGGGCCUACCUGCUGAACUGGGAUCAGUGAAAGACUGACGGAGAAAGAAUCAUGCCCCCACACACACAAUCAGAGGGCCUGCCAGCUGAACUGGGAUCAGUGAAAGACUGAAGGAGAAGGGCACACAAUUCCAUUGCUCAUCUGUAUCAUUUUCCUUUGUGUCUUUCAAUCUUUUUCCAUCCUGCUUUCUCAUCCUUAAAUGGUAGUGUAAGAUAGAUGCUGAAUGGAUACUUUGUAUCCUCUCUCUUGCUUGUUGUCACUAUGCAGACGUUUUGAUGAUUGUUACUUAUUUUGUGUUCAUAGGUUAAAUGUGAACUAUAUAUAUUUUUUAUUGCAAGCAUAACAAUCAUGUUUACAUAAAUAAACUGUAUAUAUGUGUAUAUAAAAAGCAUAUAUAAAAAGCUUCACUGAACAGUGUUCCACAGUACUACAUGCCUGGUAUAGUGUAACAUGUCAAGCAAAACCAAGUUUCCUUUUAAUUAUAAUUUGGAAGUUAAUGUGCAGCUUUAAAGCACCUUUUAGAUCCCAAGGAUGUUGCCUUGAAUUGAAGCACUAAGACCCUAAAGUUAUUAACAUCUUGCUCAAGGAUUGACAAUUAUUCUUGAGUAUUUUUUACUACUGGUACAGGGACAAAGAGAAGUGUAUACAGUUUGUGCAUCAGACACACAGUGUGUACAGUCUAUGGUCUGAUGAAACAAACAACUAAAAACAAAAGGCUGUAGGCUUUAUUUCAGAAAACAACUAACAAAAAAAAAAAAGCAAUAGUACCUCUACACAAACAUAUGAAAAAAAUGGCAAAAAAAAGGCAAAAAUAUUUUUGCUCCAACCAAACAAGCCUAAACCUCUCAAACGACAACUAAAUGUACAGUGUCUCAUUUUUCUUGAUGAAUAAUAAUCUCUUUUGGGUUGUGAAGUGUGUUUGGAUGGCCUGUGUUGUGGGAAAGAGCUGGGACUCUGUGGGUAACCUUGGCAAGAGGACGCACGGGAUCUGCUGUGGCUGUGCCUGUUGCUACGACGACUCAACAGACACAUGUAGAAUCCAUCACUAGGGGUGGAACAGGGGCACAGAGGGAGGGAGAAAAAUAGAGGUGAGGAAGAAUGAAAAUGGAUAAAAGGAAUGAAGAAUCUGAAUAUUAGAAGAGGAAGAUUGGAAAGAGGGUGAAAAAUAAAUGUUGGGGAAAGAUAGAGACAUAAGAGUUGGAUCGUUCUCUCUCUGCUCCAGGAAGAGAUCCUACUACUUUGUUAUGCCAAAGCUGAUGAGAACUGAGGGGACCCUGUGUCCACCACUGUAUCUGCACAUAUUAUCUACAAGAAAAAGCUGUUAUUUCAUAACAGUCAGAUCAGAGGUUUCUUAGUCAGUCCUUCAUGACCCCGAGGCAGGUCAGCGAGGGCUAUGGCACACUGACUGGAUCAGGGACAAGGCUUCCCAGUGUUCUUCAACACUGCUCCCAGGGUGACUCAACACUGCACAUUUUAGAUGUCUGUCUCACCCAACACAUAUGAUUCUACUCAUCAGCUCUUUAGCAGAGUGCUUUAUAAGUUGAAAAAAAACAUGUCUCGAGAGAAAGAGACCGAGACACAGAGACAGACAUAAAAACACAGAGGCAGAAGGAGAAAGAGACAGGACCCCCCCCCAACACAUUUUUAUGGUUACAUCCAUAGCGACAACAUGGAAAAAUAGUUAAGAGUGUAUGUAAAUGCAGCCACCUAACGCAUCACAAAACGCAGACACGGGUGGUGUGAUGAACCCCCUCCAUGUUCUCUGAUAGCACGCGGCUGCUGGGGUUUGCUGAGAGGAGUUAAAGCACAAACACUGCCAGGAAGCUGAAGAGAUAAAUAGUAAAUACUGCCAGGGAGCUGAGGAGUUAAAGCGUAAACACUGCCAGGGAGCUGAGGAGUUAAA